AUGUGGUAUUUUUUUGUGUUUUUGCUUUGCAUACAUAAGUGUACACCGCAAUUUCAAUAUACCGAGACGCGACCAGAAUCUUCAUACCAGAUAGUGGGUAUAUUCGACAGACAAGCAAUAACUCAACAAUCUGCCUUCAGCGAAAGCUUACGCCAUGUCAAUUACAAGGAUGUUCGAAUGCAACCAAUUAUACUAAAUCCAAUAAAAACAGACAGCUAUUCAAUAUGGAGAGACUUUUGUUCAAACAUGACUUUACAACCAGUUGCGAUAUUUGGCCCCCAAAAGCCAAUAGUAGAUGGCGCUAUUCGAGACCAAUGUGCAAAGGCAAACAUACCACACAUCCAAGCUACUUCACAGCCUAUAGAUUCGGAUUUGGAGCUAUUAGAGGAAGACGAUACUGAAAAUAACGAAGAAGAAGGAGAAGAAAAUGAAGAAGAAAAUACUGAGUCAGCAAAAGAUAGUGAAAAGGACGAUGAAAAACCUGUAUUUAAACCUAUUACUAUUAACUUCUUUCCCCAAUCUGAUGAAAUUGCACAAGCUUAUGGGACACUCCUUAAAUAUUAUAAAUGGGAAAAUUUUGCGGCACUUUACGAAGAUAAUCUCGGAUUAUUAAAAAUACAAAAAAUUCUGGCUGAAGUAUCAAUAAAAUCACGAAUCACCUUAUUAAAGCUGGAUCCAGAGGGCGACAACCGUAAGAUAUUCAAGCAAUUAGCAAAAUAUCAAGAAAGUCGAUUUCUAUUGGACUGUCAUGUCGAUCGUAUUCUGAAGUACAUGAAGGAAGCCGAAAAAUUAAAAAUUGUUAACGACUACCAGCACUACAUCAUAGUAUCUAUGGACACAUCAACGGUAGCUGAAGAGCUUUUGAAGUUGCCAUCUAACACUACGUGGCUUAGCUUGACAGAUUACGUCAGUAUCAGAGAUACCAAACAUCCGUUAGCACCAAGAGUUGGAAAGUGGAAUGCUCAAGAAUUAUCAUCAGUCGCUGAAUUUGAGAUGGAAGCCUUGAUUAUGGAUGACAUAGCAAAACAUAUAGUGAAAGCAGUCAAAAGUGUAGAAGACUUGGAGGAUCCUCCACAAUUUAAUUGCAACAGUGAAGAUGAACCCUGGGCUUUUGGAGCACUACUGCAAGAUAAAAUAUUACAGACAAAAUCUGUUGGUGUGACUGGAAAUAUCGAGUUCAAUGAACGAGGCCAAAGAAUCAAUUACGAAUUACAAGUUAACGAAAUAUAUAUGAGGAUAAAACGCACAGUUGGCAAAUGGAUGUCCAGUAAUGGGUCAGAAAUAAUUGACACGAGACCUCCAUCAGAUGAUCUUGCGAAUGCGUUGUCUAGUAAACAUUUUAAAGUGGAAUCGCGAAAUGCUCAACCCUACUUUUCUAAAAAAGAGAAGUGUACAGGUAAUGAAGAAUGUGAUGAAGAUGAUGAUGACGAAAGCGAAUGGGAAGGUUUUUCCGUAGAUUUGGUAAAGGAGAUAUUUAAGAUAUUAAAAGAAGAAAAGUUUAAUUAUACAUACGAAUUUGUUUACAAAAAAGAUAUAGAAUAUGGUAAAUUUGAUCCGGUCCUCAAUAAAUGGAAUGGUUUAAUUGGAGAUCUGUUGGCCAAGGAAGCAGACUUAGCAGUUUGUGACUUAACUAUAACCGAAGACCGUAAAAAGGUUGUAGACUUUUCAGUGCCUUUCAUGUCUCUAGGAAUAAGUAUUUUAUACACAAAGGAGCAUAAAGUAAAGCCGGGAAUGUUUUCUUUUCUAAAUCCAUACACUGUUGAUGUUUGGAUGUAUACAGCCACAGCCUACUGCCUCGUGUCCAUUAUACUCUUCGUAUGCGCCAGAGUAUCACCCGCAGAUUGGGAAAACCCAGAACCCUGUGAAAAAGAUCCAGAGGAGUUAGAAAAUAUAUGGACCUUUAAAAAUUGCGCCUGGCUUACCAUGGGUUCUAUCAUGACGCAAGGCUGCGAUAUUUUGCCGAAAGCAUUUGGUACUCGAUGGGUUUGCAGCAUGUGGUGGUUCUUUGCUGUAAUCGUCUGUCAAACAUAUAUCGCUCAACUGUCAGCUUCUAUGACGUCGGCUAACGAAGACGAGCCUAUAAAUAGCGUCGAAGACUUGGCAAAACAAAGCAAGAUUUUGUACGGUGCCUAUAAACGUGGCUCUACACUUGAAUUUUUUAAGUAUUCCAAAGACAAAAUGUACAAACGGAUGUACGAAACCAUGAUGGCGAACCCUGCGGUCUUAGUAGACAGUAAUGAAGAAGGAGAGAGAAGAGUUCUAAAGAGCAAAAAUAAAUAUGCCUUUUUUAUGGAGUCCUGUACUAUAGAAUACAAACUGAAACGUACAUGUGAACUGCAGAAGGUUGGCAGCGAACUCGACAGCAAAGAUUAUGGGAUUGCCAUGCCUCCCAAUUCUCCAUACAGGACUCACAUAAACCGAGCAAUUUUAAAAUUGAAAGAGAAAACAAGAUUAGAUGAAAUAAAAGACAAGUGGUGGAACAAGAAAUAUGGAGCACACGAAUGCGAUGAUGAAGUAGAUGCAAAUGAUACAGAAGGCGAUCUUGAAAUGGCAAAUUUAGUUGGAGCAUUCGUAGUAUUAAUCGCUGGCCUGGUAUUCGCCCUCAUAAUAACUGCAGCUGAAUUCAUGAACGAGGUUCGGAACAUCGUCGUCCGGGAAGAGGUGACACAUAAAGAAGUAUUUAUCAAAGAAUUAAAAGCAUCGUUGAACUUUUUCAAACUACAGAAACCGGUGCUUCGUAACCCAAGCCGAGCUGCGUCUGUCGCAUCGUUUGAUAGCGACGAUCACCGUCAUCAGAAACGAACGAUCAAUGCUAUCGAUAACUUUUUAGAUAGUGAAAAAAUUGUUCUUUGA